GCGCAUGUUCUCAGCAGCCAGGGAGAAAAGAUUCAAGCCUUUGGACACUCCUGAGGCCUCAGAGGUGAUGGUUAUGUUUGGAAGCAGGCAAGCUGAGAAAAUAUCAAAUUACUUUCUUUGUUUGUUUUUAUCCAUGGAUUUGUAGAAUACUAAUUCAAAAGGAUUCCUCAACAGACUUUUGAUCAUAGAUAUCCCUAGAAAGUUUGAAGGAUUGCUUUAUCCUAUAUAAUAAGCAGACUAUUGUGCAAUACUUAAAACACAGUCCCAUGUUCAGUUAGCUAGAUGGAUAGAUGCAUAAUAAUAUAGCUAACUCAUCAGACACUGGGCUAAUUGUUAAAAUUACUAUAAAAACUAUUAAAAAUGAAGCUGCACAUUGACAUUUACUUGUCAUUCGAUUCAGUUUUGAUUAUAAAUAAUGGAAACAUUAUUUUCAAAAAAACAAGCUCAAUUUUUACCAGUACCAAGUUAAAGUGAGGUUGACACACUAAUAAGGCUACAUGGUAAAAACAAACAAAUAAGCAAACAAAUGUAAAGGAAUUAUAAUAAUCCAGCAAGCAGGGCACCAAAAAUACUGUAAAAUAGCUGAAAAUGACCAUUUCAGACUUAAUUUAUACAGUGCACUUUUUCUGUUUUUAAGAGUUAGUGGAUUGUAUGUACAUAACAAAAAUUGUAUUUUGACCGAGUACCAAUGCUUAUAGAUAGACUGCACACUGAUGAAAGCAAAUUUAUUCAAUACUGAUGGUAUCUAAUUUAAUAAUAAAUUUACAGUAUGAAACUAUAAUUUAACAAUUGCAUUAAAUAGAAAGGAACUUCAGAAUGUAUACUUAAUAUGAUUUUUGUAUUUUAUGGCUGACAUGUUUUUAAUGUUAUUUUACAUUAGACAUAUAAUUUCACAGUGGAGUUAGUAACAGCAGCAGUGAACAUCCCUGAACAGCAGCUCUGCUCCUGAGACACACACUGGACCGUUUCCAUGGAGACGCAGUCACUACUGACAAACACACUCCACUUGCAUUUUCUUGCUCCGCUUCCACAAUGAAUUCAGAAAAGUCAACUAUUCUCAUGAGUAACGAGCUUCAACCGACAAAAUCUGAUGUCAUAACAGGCUCCCAGGCAAUAAACAGCCACAUCUCCCAGAUCCCAGGACUGUCCCCCAGCAUCAGGACUCCCCCAGAGGAGAAGGCCAGAGGUCGGAGGGCUGCAGUCCUGGACAGUGACUCUGACUAUGUCAAGCUGGCAAAACAAGGAGGGCAUAAAGGACUUUUGUGGCAUGAGGAAUCAAUAAAUCAGAAACGGAAUUCAUAUAAUCCUCCAGACUCGUUCGGCAAUGAAUCAGGACACAUCAGCAAUCCAAGCAGUCUAAUUAACAGUGAGGAGAAGAAAAACCCUGGAGCUUUUCAACCUCAAGAGCCUCCUUUCGGCACUGACAACAUGUCAGCUUGGGAGAGAGAUAAUAGCAGCAGCAAUGAAAAAGAGAAGAACAACAGCCUUUUUCAUGACUCCCCGAUGGAGAAGCUGCAGACCUUCAGUCAGAGUUAUGAAGCCAACAAGUUCAAGAGAAGUAAAGUGUUUGACAAGAGACCAGCCCCUGUUGACAUGUCUAAGCUGCUGAGUUUUGGUUAUGCAGAAGAAAACAAACCAGUACAGUGACGUGUCAAAUUGGAAGACUGCCAGGUGCACAGGAAAAGGAUGCACAGGCUCCAGUGCUUCCAACAGGAAUACUUGCCAUCUUUUCCUCUGACAUAAACGUCUUCAUACCGAGCCACAUCAAACAUUUUGCUUCGUUUCAAUUGUUUUUGCCAUGUUGGAUGUCGCACUCAAGUGUGAAAGCGCUUCAUUGAAUUAAAGCAAGGACCUUUUAUUUAUUGCGCCUGUUAGUUGUGCCUCAUUAAUUGCACCCAUUAAGUAAAGAAGGCCUCAGCUGACUCCCGUGUUGUUGUUUUUGACUUGUCUGCAAUGCUAAAAAUGGCAGCUCUUUUUUGAAGAAACGUUUGAUGAUUUAAAUAAAUUUGAAGCAACUCA